AUGGCAGAAGGUGGAUUAUCUGCUAAAGAAGAAGAAGAAUUAAAAAACGGUCCUAUAAACUAACGUGAAUGUAGAGAUAUAUUAUGUUGUUUAUUAUUUAUUGCGACUUUAGUAGCUUGCAUUGUUUUGUUCGCAUACGGUUAAAUAAACGGUUAACCUAAACGUUUGUUUGCUGUAUAUAACACAGCUGGUAAUCCAUGUGGUUUAGAUUAUCAAUCAGAUAGAAAAUAUCUAUAUUUUUACAUUCCAUAUUAUAAUGGAUCAGCUGAAAAUUAUUUAACAUACACUACUUGUGUAAAAGAAUGUCCUACUAAAAAUGACAUUGAAAUAGAUUGUGAUACUACUUCAAUGAAAAAUACAGAAUAAACAUGUCAUAAAUAAAAUUGUGAUUUAGAUGUUUCAAAUUUAAUGUCUUUGACAUCUAAAAAUAAUUUAUUACAAACAGUCUGUAUAUAUGAAACAAAAAAAUUUUUAGAUUUAAUAUGCAUGCCAACUACUUAAGCAUUUUAAGCUAUAGGUGGUAGUGCUUAAAAACAAGUAAAUACAUUUAUGAGUUCGGGUACAUUAGGAGACUGGAUUAAUGAUUUAAAGACCUGUUAGUGGGUAUUAGUAGGUUCUUUAGGCUGCGCAUUUGUAUUAGGAAUGUUAUAUAUGCUUUUUUUGCGUUUGUUUGCCGGCUUAAUUGUAUGGCUUUGCAUAUUAAUAUUCUUUAUAGCGAUAAUUGGUCUUGGUUAUUACUCAUAUAAAAGCUCAAUGGAUAUAAAAUAAUAUUUAGAAAAUAAUAGUGAGGCAUAGAACAAAACACGUGAUAAUUAAUUAUCUUAUUUAUAUUUAGCCUAUAUAUUAUGGGCAUUUGCAGGUUUAAGUCUAUUUUUUUUGUUUUGCUACAGAAAAAAAAUAGCACAGGCAAUAGCAAUUAUAAAAACGACUACUUCUUUUGUAACAGAUACUUGUUCUGUUUUAUUAGUACCUCCAAUUGUAACUAUUUUAAAUGGAUUAUGGUGGGUGUUUUGGAUUUGUGGUUUUAUUUUUUUAUAUGCAAUUGAUAAAGAUGGUAAUAUUAAAAAAUCACCAAAUUCCAUAUUUGCAAAACCUAUACAUUCUGAAGAAGUUAAAAAACUCCUUUGGGCUUUCUUAUUUAUAGGACUUUGGGUUAAUGCCUUUAUUUAGACUUUCUGUUAAUUUGUUUCAGCUAGUUCCGCUUGUAUUUGGUAUUUUUCACACGGAGAAGAAGGAUAGAAGCAUGCGCCUGUAUCAACUUCAAUAUACAGAGCUUUUAGAUAUCAUUUAGGGUCUUUAGCUUUCGGUUCUUUAUUACUAGCGAUUGUGUAGUCUAUUAGAAUAUUAUUAGCUUAUAUGGAAAAAUAAAUGAAAUCUGCUGGUGCUAGUAAUAAUAAAGUUGCAAAAUAUUUAAUAAAAUGUUUAUAAUGUUAUAUGAGUUGCUUUGAAAGAUUUAUUAAAUUUUUGAAUAGAAUGCUUAUAUAUAAAUUGCAUUAGCUGGAAAAAGUUUUUGUAUGGCCGCAAAAGAUGCUAUGUCAUUAGUUUGGUGUAAUGCAGAUAGAUAUAUGUUAAUAAAUGGAAUUGGAGGAAUGUUUAUUUUUGUUGGAAAACUUUUUAUAUCUGGAGCUACAACAGUUAUAGCCUACUUAGUUUUGGAAUAUGUUGAACCUUAUAAAUCAGAUGUUUCUUCAAAAAUUUUACCUUUAAUUAUUGUUUUUUUAGUUUCUUAUUCUAUAAGUAUUAUUUUCUUGUCUGUCUAUGGAAUGGGUAUGUAGGCUAUUUUAGUUUGCUUCCUUUGGGACGAAAAGGUAUAUCAAAAUAAAGCACCUCCUCAUGCUCCUCCUUUAUUAUAAGAAUUUUUUGAUUGAAUAGGAAAACAAAUGA